AUAUUUAAACUAACACAUGCGAGAGAUCUAGGCUGGUAUAGUACCAGGGUUUAGUAUACACACACACACUGAUGGUAAACAACAUGAUCGUAUAUUCUGGUGUUAUGGUGGAAUAAAUAUACCGCAUCUGGCUAUGUAAUAUACAAAUGUACGAUUUUCGUGUUCUGUGAUCUAACUGUGCAGCGGGAUCUGCAUAUGAUAUCCUUUGGAUUUACUAUCGGAAAUAUAAAGCAGGAAGUAUGGCCGAUCCACAAUCGGAUUUUCAGUUUGGGAAUUGUGUACCGUUCGAUUCGGAAAGUACGACUUAUGUUCGGCCCGGAUUAAAACCCAUCAAUCAAACGGCUAAUGCCGAUUAUUCCGCCCCUGACCCCCCGGGUCGACGGGUGGAGGCUUUUUCCGUCCCUGGGGUGAAUGCUCCACCCUUAUCUAGAUUGAACCUCAGGACAAGAUCCCGCAGUAACAUCAAAUUUCAAAUGAAAGUUCGGCAAAAGCGACAGACAAUGCAGAAUAUGACACGACCCUUAAAACAAUGGCUAUGUGAUCACCGAGGGCACCCCUACCCCUCGAAACCGGAAAAGGAAAUCCUGGCACGAGAUUCUCGUAUGUCUUUCGUUCAAGUCUCGAACUGGUUUGCAAAUGCUAGACGGAGACUGAAGAGUACUGUCCAGGGCGACAACGUCACGUGGUCAAAAAGGGUGAAGCUUUACAAUAGCAGAGUGACCGGAAACGCCGAACUUUUAAGUGUCAGUUCGGACGACAGUAUAUUUGACUCGGACGAUGGUAAGUAAUACGUAUAUAUUUAA